UACCGACAGGGGGCGCUCGCCGCGAUAUAGUUGCCGGAAAUACAGUCUGAUUAGUUAUCGACGAGAAAGAGAUAAAAGUAAACUGCAGCAUGGCGACUCCCAUGCACAGAAUCAUAGCCCGCAGACAAGCGGAUGCAAACAAACAGCAUGUGCGCUGCCAGAAGUGUUUGGAGAUGGGACACUGGACCUACGAAUGCACAGGGAAGCGGAAAUAUGUGCACAGACCAUCAAGAACAGUUGAGAUGAAAAAGAAACUGAAGGAGAACGAAGAGAAACCGCUCAGCAUCACUGGACCAGGGGGAGAAAGCUCCAGUGAAAAGAAAGUUAAAAAGAAGACUAAAGACUCCAGCGACAGCAGCAGUGAUUCAGACGGCUCCUCCAGUGACUCGUCGUCGGAUAGCAGCGACUCCUCAAGCUCCUCUUCAGAUGACAGCGACAGCAGCAGUGACAGUGACGACGACAGCUCCUCGUCAUCUCCCUCCUCCUCAUCUUCGUCUUCAGACAGCUCAGGCUCAGGGAGCAGUAGCGACUCAGAUCAGGGACCUCCAAAGAAGAAGAAAAAGAAGAAAUAAAUGACUUGAGCAGGGGUUUUUUGUUGGCUUACCAGAGUAAAUUUUGAGCUGUCCACUUUUGCUUUCUCUGGAACCAAUCACAGCUGGUUUGAUCUGCAUGGAUACGGCACUUUUAGGGCUUUGCGUCCCACAGCUGCAUCCAUGCUUGUACAGUUUUGUUAGCAGAAAUUGACUAGGAUGAGAGGAGAAGAGGGAAGUACUUUUGAGUUGGCUGUUGUGUUAUAUGUUCGGUUUUCAAAACGCAUUUUCCCCGUCGCUUCUACUAAUGUGAUAUUUUCUCAAGAUUGUAGGUCUACUGAGGGGGGAUAUCUAUUUCAAAUCUCUGAGGAAACUAGCUUGCUUAUUCAUGUUGAAUCUUGUGAUUUUGUACUAAAGUAUAUUUUUAGUCAAACUCAACAUGUACAGCUCAAAACCCUAAUAAGGCAACACCACAUCUGUUAAUAAAAAGACAUUAGUAUAAAUCACUUUAAAGGCUACUAAAAAAGUGAAUUGGUCUUAUUGCUAUUGGUUGUUUCACUGUAAAAUAAACUCGGCUUGUUUUUUCUUUGAA